UCUUUCCUUUUUCGUUUACAUUUUCUCAAACGUCAGUUGGUUAUAGUUUAGCAUUUCGUGUUGAUUUUUGUGUUUUACGAAAUUCCUGUGAAAGUUUUCGAAAUGUCUACGGCAAGUUCUCUGACGGUCCUGCUGUUUCUCAACAUAAUGCUCCUAAAAUCGCCGGACAGCUCGGACGCUGCAGCGAUGCGUGUAGCUCGCACAGAGAAAAUCAGCACCAGCGGCGUGUUCCCCAAAUUAAAGAUGACUUUUUGGAAAGACGGUAAUGCAGCCGUUGGCGGGGCAUUUGACAAGUGGAUGCCCAAUCGGCGUGGCCCACCGAGGAUUAACUUUUGGGCGAAAGCCCAGCAGGAGGAGGCCGCUGCAGUUCAGAGAGCACCUAAGCAAGGAGAUGCUGGAGGUGGUGCUCAGGGAGGGGGUGGUGCUCAGGGAGGGGUUGGUGCUCAGGUUGGAGGUGGGGCAGGUGGGGCAGCCAGAAAAACGACAAAAAGGGCAAAAGGUCCGAAUGUAACGCACAAGGAACUAACUGUGUCCAUGCCGCGAUUCAUAAAAAACGAGAAAGGCGAAUGGGUGGCCACCUUUUGGGGCAUCACCUUCGGCAAAAUGUUCCGCGAUACUCGAUUUGGCAUAGGCCACCGCUUCACACCUCUACGGUUUCUGAUAGAGACUUAUAUGGUUUCGGAUUAUUAUCCAAGCUACACAAAUCUGGAAAACGUCUGCAUUGGCCGCAGCGAAAUCUACAACGUGCCCAAGGUCGUGGACUAUCUAAAGCGAAUGCUCUAUACCAGCUGUCAUCUGCAUCGGCCCAUUUGGUUGGACCUCAGGCGACAGAUUUAUCUGCAGGGCAACAGCGAGGAGUGCCAUACGCCCCAAAGUGUCCGUUGGCAGGAUUAUAUGGAAUGUUCCCUGCGGCGCCAUCAGAGAUUGGAGUACCUAAUUCCAAAGUAUCCGCUGCAUCAAAUUGGCCACAAAAGGAAUCGCUUGGCGCCAUUACAGAAGUGACUACCCAAUUUCUAUGGGUUCUUCUUAGACAUGGCUUGUCCACAGACCAGAAGUGUAUCUGAAUAUAUGUAAUGUUUAUAUCUGUCGAUCCCAAUGUAUAUCGCGUUUAUAUAUUUAUUUAAUCUUACCCAAUAACAAAACGAUCUUAUUCGAAAAA